AUGGUUGGCCCUCUCUCAGCUCUAUGGUUGGCCCUCUCUCAGCUCUAUGGUUGGCCCACUCCCAUCUCUAUGGUUGGCCCUCUCCCAUCUCUAUGGUUGGCCCUCUCUCAGCUCUAUGGUUGGCCCUCUCUCAGCUCUAUGGUUGGCCCUCUCUCAGCUCUAUGGUUGGCCCUCUCUCAGCUCUAUGGUUGGCCCUCUCUCAGCUUUAUGGUUGGCCCUCUCUCAGCUCUAUGGUUGGCCCUCUCCCAUCUCUAUGGUUGGCCCUCUUUCAGCUCUAUGGUUGGCCCUCUCCCAUCUCUAUGGUUGGCCCUCUCCCAUCUCUAUGGUUGGCCCUCUCCCAUCUCUAUGGUUGGCCCUCUCCCAUCUCUAUGGUUGGCCCUCUCCCAUCUCUAUGGUUGGCCCUCUCCCAUCUCUAUGGUUGGCCCUCUCCCAUCUCUAUGGUUGGCCCUCUCCCAUCUUUAUGGUUGGCCCUCUCCCAUCUUUAUGGUUGGCCCUCUCCCAUCUCUAUGGUUGGCCCUCUCUCAUCUAUAUGGUUGGCCCUCUCCCACCUCUAUGGUUGGCCCUCUCUCAUCUCUAUGGUUGGCCCUCUCCCAUCUCUAUGGUUGGCCCUCUCCCAUCUCUAUGGUUAUUCGUCUGACAUUCCCUCGACAUGUUAACUUGCAUAUCCAACGCCAGCAGCGCAUUUGGUAG